AUGGCGCUACGGAACAAGGCUGGCGUCUUUGUCGGCGCCGCUUUGUUGCGACUUUUCUUGUUCACCGCGUUCCCCCGCCUGCCGGACCUCUUGACGGGCCGCGUCGAGAUCUCGACCCCCGUCACCAGCUUCAGACGACUACAAGAGGGUCUGUUUCUAUACAACCACAACGUCGAUCCUUACGAUGGUGGCGUCUUUCACCAGCCGCCUCUGCUGCUUCCGCUUUUUUCGCUGCUUCCCGAUGUGAGAGAGUGGCCCAUCUUCACAGCGAUUCUAUAUAUCCUCGUCGAUCUGCUGAGCGCCAGCGCUCUCUCUACCAUUGCAGACUCGGGCGAAGCCGGCCAAACAAAACAUUAUACCUCACCGCGACGGGCCAAGACGACCUCGGGCGUGUUCAUUGCCGCGGCAUUCUUAUUCAACCCCCUCACCAUCGCUACCUGCCUCGGCCGCACGACCAGCGUCUUUACGACAUGCGCCGUCCUCCACGCCAUCGCCAAGGCGCUCUCCGGCUCGGCCUUGAGCGCCAUGGUCGCUCUGGCAUUUGCCUCGUAUCUGUCAAUGUAUCCGAUCCUGCUUCUGCCGCCGCUCAUUAUACUCGCAUACGAUCGUCAAUCCGCGAGGCGUGCCAUUGCCAGCGCGCCGACCUUUACCGCUGCGUGCCUGGGCACUGUAACCACCAUCCUCGCGAUACUGUUCGGCAUGUCCUUUGCGCUGACAGGUAACUCCUGGGCUUUUUUCGCACGCACCUAUGGCAUCCAGCUGACCCUCUCGGACCUGACCCCCAACGUCGGUCUAUGGUGGUACUUUUUCAUCGAAAUCUUUGACCCCUUUCGCGCCUUCUUCCUCGGCGUCUUUUGGCUGCAUCUUGGCGCCUAUGUUGGCGGUCUGUCGAUUAGAUUACGCAAGCAGCCUCUUGCAGCGCUCUCGGUGCUCUUGGGCAUAUUUGCCAUCUUCAAGCCAUAUCCCUCGAUUGCGGACACGACGCUGUUCCUCGGCAUGCUCCCGCUCUAUCGCCAUCUGUUCCCGCUGAUGCGCUACAGCUUUGUCGCUUUGGCGAUUGUGUUGUACUCGUCGUUUUUGGGCCCUGCUUUUUACCAUUUGUGGAUAUACGCGGGCAGCGGCAACGCCAAUUUCUUUUACGCCAUCACGCUGGUUUGGAGUUUGGGCCAAAGUCUGCUUGUCAGUGACUUGGCAUUUGCGGUGCUGAGAGACGAGCUCGACAUUGAGAGACCCGAUUUGAUUGGCAAGGAGAUAAAGCAAAUGUAG